AAUUUCAUCAAGUAAAUAAUAAAUAAAUAAAAUAAUAAACCACAUCUGUCCAUUUUAGAACCUUAAACCCAACUGGUAGCUCACAGUCCUCUUCGUUUCUCAAAUGCCACUCUGAAAACCCCCAAAAUUUCCCUAUCCACAAUGGCCUCAAUAUUUCCAAAAAUCCCCUCCAGCUCCCUCGCUCGGUCGCUCUUCCACCGGGCUCUCUGCACCGCCGCGGAGACUCGAACCCAAAAGCUCGAACGAAUCGCUGAGGAGCUGAUUGGCCUCAACAAGAUCGAGCGCCAUGAUUACGUUAUACUAUUUCGUCAUAAAAUGGGCUUGAAUCGGUUCGGCGCCGCCGCCUCCGCACCCGCCGCCCAAUCGCCUUCAUCAGCCGCCUCAUCUGCCCCUGCUGCCGCCAAAGAGAAGACAGCGUUCGAUGUGAAAUUGGAGAAAUUCGAGGCUUCGGCGAAGCUAAAGGUCAUUAAGGAGAUCAGGUCUUUCACUGAUUUAGGGCUGAAGGAGGCGAAGGAUUUGGUGGAGAAAACGCCCGCCGUGGUGAAAAAGGGGGUUACCAAGGAAGAGGCGGACAAGAUCGUGGCGAAGCUCAAGGAAAUUGGCGCCACUGUGGUAUUGGAAUGAGACUAGAUUUGAAUAGUUAGUUUUCCUUGGGAGCAGUUUCAGUACUAAUUUUGAUUGAGAUCAUUCUGAUUCGUGAAUAGAAAUGAAACAUUGCUUCAAAGGUAUCUCAGUUAUUGGAAGCAAUAGCAUAUAAAUUCGAUCAAGUUUUUUUUAGUUAUAUAAGAUGAGAUAUUGGACGAGAUCAUAUCUUGAGUAUGAGUGGAUGCAUUACUAAGAA